AUGCGUAAAUACGAAACAAUUUUGUUGCUAGACGACGCGCUUAGUCAGGCAGAUAUCGAUACAUUUAUUGAUGAGCUUAAAGGGUUUGUUAAUAAACAUGGGGCUCAAUCUAGUGAAUCUCAGCCCUGGGGCCGUAAAAAACUUGCUUAUGAAAUUAAGAAAAAGCAGUAUGCCCAUUAUGUUUUCUUUCGGUUUACUUCACCUGGGCAAACACCUCAUGAAUUAGAGCAGCUUUUGCGUAUUGAGAAACGUGUUUUACGCUUCCAGACAUACCUAGAUAGUGGUGAGAUUGAAGAAGAAGCUGUUCAUUUUAAAAACUAUCAAAAAUUAGCUACUUAUCUGACGGCACGUGGGAAGAUCCGUCCCUGCCGGACGACACGGUUUAAUGCGGCGCAGCAACGUUUACUUUCUCAACAAAUAAAACGUGCACGAGUAUUAGGUCUUUUACCAUUUACAACCGUUGGUGUUUAA